CAGACUCAAUGCUAAUGCUUCACUACAGCUGUUUGUGUCUGAGAUUUUUUUAUUUAAAUCUCUCUUUUUUUCCAUUAGGUUAAGGACUUGACCUCUCUCAGCCUUAACUUUCCCAGAAGGAUUUGCAAUCUAAUUCCAGUCCCUCUUCUUCUCCAUCUGCUUGGACCCUCUUUUCUUUGGAUCAUGUUGUCUCUCUGGCUUCUCCUUAUCUCCUACUUGUCUCUUUUUUCCAGAAGUUCUACAGAAGAAGGCCUAGAAUUCCCAAGCUUUGAUGGAAAGGACAGAGUGCUGAACAUCAACGAGAGGAACUAUAAGAAGGCGCUGAAGAAGUAUGACAUGCUGUGUCUGCUUUACCAUGAACCGCUGCCCUCAGACAGGGAGCUGCAGCAGCAGUUCCACAUGAGGGAGAUGGUGCUGGAGCUGGCUGCCCAAAUCUUGGAAGACCGAGACAUAGGGUUCGGACUGGUAGAUUCCAAUAAGGAUGCCAAAGUGGCUAAGAAUCUUGGAUUGGAGGAAGAGGGCAGCAUUUAUGUCUUUAAGGAUGAACAUGUGAUUGAGUUUGAUGGAGAGCUCUCUGCAGACACAUUGGUCGAGUUCCUGUUAGAUCUUCUGGAGGAUGCAGUGGAGCUCAUCAGUAACCCUAUGGAGCAGCGGGCUUUUGAGAGGAUGGACGAAGACAUCCGUCUCAUUGGUUACUUCAAAGGCAAAGAUUCAGAACACUACAAGGCUUUUCAGGCGGCUGCAGAACGAUUUCAGCCUUACGUGAAGUUUUUCGCCACGUUUGACAAAGGGGUGGCCAAGCAGCUGACUCUUAAGAUAAAUGAAGUGGAUUUCUAUGAGCCAUUCAUGGACGAGCCAGUCACCAUUCCUGGAAAACCCAACUCGGAAAAUGAGAUAGUGGAUUUUGUCAAUCGACACCGAAGACCAACUCUAAGGAAGCUACGUGCCGAGGACAUGUUUGAAACCUGGGAGGAUGAUAUGGAUGGGAUUCACAUUGUGGCUUUUGCUGAGGAAGAGGAUCCAGAUGGGUAUGAAUUCUUGGAGAUACUGAAGGAGGUGGCAAGAGACAACACCAAGAACCCGGAUCUGAGCAUCUUGUGGAUUGACCCUGAUGACUUUCCCCUGCUGACUGCCUACUGGGAAAAGACCUUUAAAGUGGACCUGUUCAGACCUCAGAUCGGUGUGGUCAAUGUGACAGAUGCAGACAGCGUGUGGCUGAUAGCCAACGAUGAGGCUUUGCCCACAGCUGAGGAGCUGGAGGACUGGAUCGAGGACGUCCUCUCAGGGAAGGUCAACACAGAAGAUGAUGACCUUGAUGAGGAUGAUUUGAAUGAUGAUGAUGACAGUGAGAUCCAUGGUGAUGACUUCAGCGAUGAUGAUGACGAUGAUGACCAGGAUGAUGAUGAUGAUGAUUGAUUAAUAGAUAUGUCGCUAAUGAUUAGUACGUUUUAUAUGUCUGCUUUAGUGUUUAUAGAAUCCAAGUAGAAUAAAAUUGAAGGCAAUAAUAAUAAUAAUAAUAAUAAUAAUAAUAAUAAUAAUAAUACAGUUCCAUUGGUGCUGAAAUGACUUAUGAAGUGAAAACCACUACGUGUAGAUUGUUUUAUAAGAUUGCUAAGUUUGUGUUGUAAGGUGGAUGUAAGGUGUGUAGUAUGUUUCAGUAUGUUUCAGUAGAACUGCAAAAAUUUCUGUAUGAAACUCAUAUGAAAUUCAUUUAGAGCCAAA